UGUAUGUUGUUUCUGCCCGAGCAGAAAAUACGCGCGCACUGUCGGUCAAACUGUCAGGGCAAGUUCACAGUAGCUAGCUGCAAAGCUGUCCGGACAGCAUGUACGCGAAUAAGUUCGGCCGCCUCAUGUUAGGGUUGUUCAGCCGUAAAACGACCGCGGCGGGACGGAGCGCGUUUAGCUGGACUGCGGUGUGUAAACAGCGGACACUGUGGCUGCAGAGGCGCGCCUGUCUGGAGACCCAACCACACACGGUGCCCUGUCACACCAGUGCUCGGUCAGCCUCCCAGUCCACAGUGGACCCCGAUGAGGUGAGGAGGUUCCAGUCACUGGCCGGCAAGUGGUGGGAUGAACGAGGAGAAUUCGCAGCUCUUCAUGCCAUGAACGACCUGAGGGUGCCUUUUAUACGGGAUAACCUGCUGAACGUGCACGGAGCCCGUCAUCCUGGGAAGCCGCUGGGAGGGCUCAGAAUCCUGGAUGUGGGCUGUGGAGGAGGCCUGCUCACAGAGCCCCUCGGUCGCCUGGGAGCUAACAUGUUGGGUAUAGAUCCAGUAGGCAACAGCAUCGGUACAGCCCAGCUGCACUCCUCCACUGACCCGGACCUUUGUGACCGGGUCUGCUACCGGGCCUGCACUCUGGAGGAGCUCUCAGCAGAGAGGGAGGGAGGAGAGGAGGAGCAGGGGACGAGCCAGUUCGAUGCUGUUGUGGCCUCCGAGGUGGUGGAACAUCUGGCCGACCUGGAAACAUUCGCCUUCUGCUGCAACCACGUGCUGAAGCCGGGCGGCUCUCUCUUCAUCACUACUAUUAAUAAAACCAACCUGUCCUACGCACUGGGUAUUGUUGUAGCCGAGCAGCUGCUGCGCAUCGUUCCCAGCGGGACACACGACUGGGAAAAAUUCAUCAGCCCCGUAGAACUGGAGCGCCUCCUGGAGUCCAACGGUUUCUCAGUGCAGUCCGUCCAAGGGAUGCUAUACAACCCGGCAUCAGGAGCCUGGAGCUGGACUAACAGCACCGCCAUCAACUACGCCCUCCAUGCUGUCAAAGUGAGAGAGGAUCCCCACGCAGAGCAGGCUGAGGAAAUCGGCUCCCACCCAGAGGACCACACCGGAGUAGCACACAGCUGAGCCAAACGACUGGAGACCAAGUCAGAAAAAUAGAAGAAAAAAAACAUUCAGAUGUGUGGUGUCCUCACUCCACCCUGGCCAGCUGUGAUGCAGCAAAUGAGACUGAUGUUAUUAAAGAGAAAGGGUACAAAUGGCCUUGAGAUAGAAUCAGAGAUGUACUGUGGUUGCCAAAUCGCAAACAGAAUAAGAUUGCAUUGCGCUUUUGGUUUUUCUAUCAGCCUCUGCUCUGAAGUAAUUCAAACAGUUAAAGCAAUGUUUGGUGUUUGAGCUUGAAAUGCAACAGUGAAUCCUCUUAAUUGUGUAAUUCAGUGGCAGAGCUAUGUAAUCCCACAUCGCCAGAGAUUGUUUUUCAGUACUUCCUCACUAAAACCGCUUUCUAUUUCAGGUUGAAUAUGUUGUGAUUUGCCAUAUACCUUAUUAAAAUCAUCCUUUCAAUGGUUGCAUUUUCGAGGAGUAAAUGUACAACAGUGUCUUGAUUUCUCUGCUUCUGGCUGCUAACAAUUAAUAUCUCAUGUUGGUUUUGACUUCACACUGAAGAGCAGUUUUAGAUGCUAAAACCCGUAGAAGAUGUCCCU